UGGAGAGGAUUGGGGCGUGGAUCUCAGAGUGGGUUGGGGCGGAGCUAGGGGCGGCUUUGAGGAGAGGUUAUAAAGAUUCUACUGCUCUGAGGUAGGAUCUGAGCCUAGAUCCUCAGAGGGCGUGGGAAAGGGGGCGGGGAGAAACUACCCAGAAAGUUUUGAGACAAGGGGAGAAGCUCAGACGUAGGUGGGGCUUAAGUGAAUUUAGAAUUUCGCGUCAGGUAGUUGGUCGCGGCCAGUCAGAGACAGAGGACCUAGAGGCGUGGCCCAGAGGGAACUGGAGAGAGGAGGCAGGGGAGGAGUCGCGGCCCAGAAAGUGGACAUAACCUGGGGAGAGGAGGCUCGCUUGGCUAGCCAGAGUGUGGGGGCUGAGCCUGUAGUUAAGAUGCGGAGCCAGAGACGGGGCCAGACUUCGAAUAUUAUAAGAGUUUGAGGCUGCGGACUUGCAUGGGCGGAUGGCUGGAUAGGACCUGGAAAAGAAGUACCGGAAGCAGGGUUUGGGAGGGCGAGACCCAGAAGGGGAGGAGUUGAACCAAAAAAGACAAACAAUUUAAAGAUUUCGAAAACAGGGACGGGACCACUGAAAUGGGCGGAGCUUAGACGGAGCAGGGCUGGGGUCCCGAAGCCAAGAGUGUAGUGUUGAGAACAUAGAUUAUAGAGUUCGUGUUCUUGCUUGUUCCGUGACUCAGUUUCCUCUUCGACAAAUCAGAGAUGAUGAUGUGAAAUAGUGCGUAGCACGUGAUGAAUGCUAGUUUGCCACUACUAUUUUUCCCUGACCCUGAGCCGAAGGCUCCCUUUGAAGGUGCUGGAGAGAAAAGACCUAGGAUCCGAUCUCUUCUAGUGACUGGACUUGAGUGCAGGUCAAGGGCAUAGGAAAGAGAUUUCAGUGGUUUAAAAUCUCACAGUGGAGGGGAUUAAUGCAGUGGAAGCGGGCAGGUGCAGAGGGUGGAGCCUUCCUGAUCCCAGGGCAGAAGGAUGGCGGCCUUUGCCUGCCUGCUGGAGCGUCUCCUCUGGCCAGCUCGCAAGGAAGAGGAAGUGAAGGAGGAGAAGGAAGAGGAGGAGGAGGAGGGGUGCAGGGCUCUCGAAGGGCCUCGGUCCCUCCUGAACGCGCCGCGUUGCGCCCAGCGGCCGCACGGGGGUGCGGCGGCAUCUUCGGGCCUGCGCUUCGGGGCGAGCGCAGCGCAGGGCUGGCGCACGCACAUGGAGGACGCGCACUGCGCUUGGCUCGCGUUACCCGGGCUGCCUCCGGGCUGGGCUUUCUUUGCUGUCCUCGACGGCCACGGCGGGGCGCGAGCCGCCCUCUUCGGAGCGCGCCACCUGCUGGGCCAUGUGCUCGAGGAGCUGGGCCCCGCGCCUGGCGAGCCCGAGGGCGUGUGUGGGGCGCUACGCCGUGCCUUCCUGAGAGCAGACGCACGUUUGCGAUCGCUCUGGCCCCGCGGCGAGCCGGGCGGUUCCACGGCCGUGGCAUUGCUCCUCUCUCCGCGCUUUCUGUACCUGGCGCACUGCGGCGACUCCCGCGCGGUGCUGAGCCGCGCGGGAGCUGUGGCCUUCAGCACCGAGGACCAUCGGCCCCUCCGGCCCCGGGAACGCGAGCGCAUCCAUGACGCGGGCGGUACCAUCAGCCGCCGGCGCCUCGAGGGUUCUCUGGCAGUGUCGCGAGCACUGGGAGACUUUGCCUACAAAGAGGCUCCUGGAAGGCCCCCUGAGCAGCAGCUCGUUUCCGCGGAGCCAGAGGUGACCGCCCUGGAACGGCGGGCGGAAGACGAGUUCAUGCUCCUGGCCUCCGACGGCGUGUGGGACGCGAUGUCUGGCGCUGCCCUCGCGGGACUGGUGGCAUCGCGCCUCUGCUUGGGCCUGGCCCCAGAGCUAGUCUGCGCUCAGCUGUUGGACACGUGUCUGUGCAAGGGCAGCCUGGACAACAUGACCUGCAUCCUGGUUUGCUUCCCGGGUGCCCCCACGCCUUGUGAGAAGGCGAUCAGGAAGGAGCGAGCGCUGGAUGCAGCCCUGGGCCGCAGGGUCGCCGAGCUGUGCUCCUCUGCCCAGGAGCCUCCCAGCCUGAACACGGUUUUCAGGGCUCUGGCUUCAGAAGACAUCCCAGAUUUACCUCCUGGGGGCGGGCUCUACUGCAAGGCCGCUGUCAUCGCUGACGCUUAUUCUCAACUCUGCCAGGCUUCAGGGGAGCGCUGGGAGAAGGGGCAGAACGGCCCUGGGAAGGCCACUGGCACCCAUUCGGGCUCUGCCUUGGACUUGGAGGCCUGACAGCUGUUGUCCUUUGGGGACCCUUUGCCCAGCUGGAGCCCCAACGGAAUUAAAAAACUCUCCUUCCCCAGCUACGCAGACCAGCGGAAGGAAGACAAGCUGGUGGAGGAACCCCAGAAUGCUUAUUUCCUCUUCUGUUACUUCCCUCUCACAGAAAGUCUUAUGAGAGGGGAAAUGCCACCCGCUAUUUAGAAGGGGAGCGGGGAAACCCAACACCAAAUGUUUGUGACAUAUUUAGAGCUGAAUGGACCCUGAGAGAUCAACCAGUUCAAUAACCUUUCUUCCCUUUCCAUUUUCCAUCUGUUUUAGGGGGAGGUAGGGGAGAGGUUUUAUUAUUAAAUAUUAAUUACAUGAUUCAAAA